AUGCAAAAUUCUACUGAAAUAGUGUUUGUUCUACAAGGACUGAAUGACACUAAGUCGAACAAAAACGCAUACUUCGUCGUCACUCUCCUCGUUUACAUUUUUACUAUUUUAGUUAACCUGACUUUGAUUGUGACAAUUGUUUUACAUAGAAUUCUACAUGAACCCAUGUUUAUAUUUCUGUGCAACUUGUGUGUAAAUGGGAUUUUUGGGGCCUCUACAUUUUAUCCUAAAAUAUUGGUGGACCUUUCAUCUGACGUGAGUGUUAUUCCGUAUACAGCUUGUAUGGCUCAAAUGUUUGUAAUAUACAGCUACGUUUUCGUGGAAUUUACGACGUUAGCGGUGAUGGCUUAUGACCGUUAUGUCGCGAUAUGCAAGCCACUCAGUUACCAUUCCAUCAUCACGCCUCGAAAGGUGAUGAAAUUGUUGAUUUUUACCUGGCUGUUAUCCAUCUGUGAAUCAGGUGUUGCUAUGGCCCUGGUAGCCAGACUACCCAUCUGUGGAUUCAAAGUCGAAAAACUUUAUUGCAUAAUCUGGGCAGUGGCACAGCUGUCGUGUAUCGACACCAUUAUAAACAACAUAUACGGCUCGCUUAUCAUGGUUUUUCACAUUUUGCAAGCAUUGGUGAUCUUGAUUUCCUAUAUUAACAUCAUCAAGGCAUCUGUGCGAUCGCCCGAAGAUCGGAGUAAAUUCAUGCAGACCUGUUUGCCGCAUUUAAUCGCAUUGUCCAACUUCUUGAUCGCACUCGUUUUUGACAUCAUGUACGCUCGCUAUGGUUCUCGCAGCCAUCUGCAGGCCCUCCGCAAUUUCAUGUCCCUGGAGUACCUCGUUGUUCCACCGCUUCUAAAUCCCCUCAUCUACGGCCUGAAAAUGAACCAGAUUCGCCAGAGAAUCUUUAGAGUUUGCAGCCGGACUGGUGCUCUAAAGUGA